AGAGGAGGAAUAUAAUUGGUUCCUGUUGGGGAUGAGUUUCUGAUGCGCUGCUUUCUAAUGUACUAAUGAUGAAAAAACACCUGAAGGUUGCUGUAACAUCUUUUAUAAAGCAGUCUGCGUCACUGACCUUAAAGGAAAUAGGCUGUGUCUCAGCAUUGUACUAUUUUUGUUCCAGCCUAUUCUUAGCUUUUAUAGCUUGCGUAUUUAUUUUGUAGCCAGGUCUUUAUAAAUUUCAGAUUUGAUCAACAUCUGUUUGAAUCAAAUAUCGCUUCUUUGCCUGCUUGAAGUAUCUCUUCCUCCUUUUCUUCACCUGCAUGCACUCAUCACCUUUCUGUCCUUUUCUCUCCUUCUGCCCACCCUGCAGUCCUCACAUCCAAGCACACUCUUCCCCACAGCUCCCAAAGAUACAGCCCCCUCUCUUACAGACCCCUCCUCUGGAGUUCCCUCCAGUUGACCCCAGCUCGGGUCCCAGACUGGUCAAAUGCGAGAGGUGGCCCCUUUUUGGGCGCCAAGACCCUCGAGAGCCCCCAGAUCCCCUUGAUUAUGAGAGUAUUAUCCCAGAUUUGGAGAAUGACGACAUGUUUGCCAGGAGGACUUUAGCCUUCCAGUCCAACACAGACUUGGCAAUGAUGAAGACUCAGCUCACCGCCUACCGCCUGCGCUACACGUCUGAGCCACAGCUCAACAUCAUCACGCAGAGCCACGCCAAUGUCAGCACGGAGGAGAGUGAAUUCCCUGACAUUGAGCAGGACGAUGUGGUUUACAGAAAGGAGAAAACACAGCAAGAGCAGAGACCGCUCUCUGGAGCGCCAGAUAACUACACCCCAAUGCCCAUCCCAGAACCGUGGGCGCUGCCUGCCGAUCUUAAAGCCCGCCUCCUGUGCCCGCCAUGUCCUCUGACCAAAGAGGCGGGAGGAAGUCAACAGAUUGAGACAGAGACACGUCCAAAAACAGAUGAUAUGCUCAUCCGAAAACUUGGGGUUUGUUCUGAUCAGAGCUCACUGAGAAGCUCAUCGACCAAUCAGAUGAAGCCUUCAGUGCCUUCUUCCUGUAGCGAAGGCGACCUGCAGAGAUGGCAGGCAAUCAGGGAGGCCAGUCAGCUAAGAUACAGGAAGAAGCUGUUAGUGGAGAGACUGGCUGCUCUGAAGUCAUAAACACAGAUUGUUCCUGUUAGUUUCUCCACAUGUUGUGGCUUUUUCUUUAUUUUAAAAGCAGAUUUUAUUGUUUUAGUCUUUAAAUAUUGUCUGAUGGUGAGGUGGUCUAAAUGCAUGUUAUUCCAAGCUGGAAAUGAAUGAUAUAGAGACUAUCACAGUCACAUGUGGGAGUUUUAUCUGGUUAUGUUCUUCUUCAUAGAAACUUAAAAGUACUAAAAUAGAAAAGGCCUCAUUCACCAACCACUCUUGAGAAGAAAUUUGUUCUUACAACCCUCUUAUGCAGCUUCUAAGAUUCUGACAUUUACCAAAAUUUCCUAUCUGUUAGCCUAGAGCAAAAUCUAACACCUCUAGAGCGCACUCUUACAGACAUUUGAGUGCUGAUAUGAGAGGAUAAAAUGUUUAAUUUUGCACUCAUCAGUCUCAUCUCAAAUGUGCUAGAUUAACAAUGACACAAUAAAAUUGUUUUUCUUGUUUUCUUCUAAUGAUAUCUUCCUCCUUCUCCUCACUCCUGUUCACCUUCUGUGUUUGCACGCUGCCCUGCAGUCUCAUGCCCUUAUAUGGGCAUAAAAGAGGUGUUUCUCUUUACUUAUUAAGAGAAAUUUGCUCAUGCUCACGGCAUUCAUCAAUUAAAGAGCACAGGUGCAACCAAUAUAGCAGUUCAAGAAAUUCCCAGUUUGGUUUCACUUAGAAACUUUCUUAAGAACAAAUUUAAGGAAAUUCUCAGGAAAAUACUGGUGAAUGAGUCCCAAAGGAUACAACUUAAGGAGCAGCAAGUGCUCCAAAUUUAUUUUGUUUUGAAUUAAAAGGGAUCAUUUAUCCUGUCAGGUAAAAUAAAGAAAUGUCUUUGAAGAAUAAAAGGUUUAUUAGGGUUUUCUGCAUGAUUGAAAUGUUGUUGAUUGUACUCUAGCAACACAAGGACUGGUUUUGCCAAGUUAACAGAUAGACUGUACAUUCAAACCUCUGGUUUCAUAAUUUUAGGUGUGAUUUUUUUUUUUUUUUUGCACAAAACAAAACACACAGCACACACCUCCUACAGUAUUUGCCAAAUAUAUGGUUCAUCAAGAGCACUGUUCACCCGACAUAUGUCUUGCAUUUUAUCCUUGAUUUUGUUUUUCUAUUGGAUCCGUUUGCCUGUGAAUGGACAGAAUAAUCAAGCUUAAUAAAGAAAAUGAGACUCCA